AUGCUUCAGCUCGCAACACAGUUACAUGAAAGCCACUUGCAGCAACCACAGAACCAGGAAGCCACAGCCAAACAGACAGUAAAAACCAUGGAGGCUCAUGGACAAGAACCAUCAGCAGCAGCAGCGGCGGCAGUGACAAGCUCACCGUCCACGGGGCCACACGAAAAUCCGCCGGCAGAGUCCAGUCCGGUGGUCCCAAGUAUCCAGCAACAAACACCGUCACGGACGACUGAAAAUGCUGUGCCCGUGGUCGGUGCUCAACCGGCCAGUUCGGAGAUGCGUUCCGAAAACUCCUUCUCCCAUCCCCGGGAACCAGGAACAGUAAAUGGGCUUAUGGCCUCGAUGUCAGAGGCCAUCGGCCGGCCUGGAAGUAGUGUGAACGAGCCACCAGUGGUAAAGCCGGACGGUGAGGAGGUUCAAACCUCCACAACAGCUCCAGCGCCGGCGCCAGCACCAGCACCAGCACCAGCAACAGCACCAGCACCAGCAACAGCACCACCAGUCCUCUCAUCAGCCCCUCCACCUGCGGUCCCAGCUCCAGCUCCAGCUCCAGCUCCAGCCCCAGCUUCCGUCUCAGUGCCUGCCCAAGGUCCCGCUCCCACCGGCCCGGCCCCACAACUUCCACCUCCGCAACAACCCUCGCAACAGCAACAUUCUCAGCCUCCACCACCGCAACAACAACCACUUCCACCACCAAGACCGACUCCGGCAGCACAAAAUCAUCACCCGGCCCCGUCCCUGCCUUCGCAACCUCUUGCGCAUCCUGGGCAAGCGCAGCCGCCAUCGCAUCAAGCGCACCCUGUGCAUCCAACCCAAUUUCAUCCUUCAGUGCGUGUCGUGUCUCCACAAACGCGUGAACAACAAAUUCCUCCGCCGCCGCUGCCACAACCACCACAGUCGCAACCUCAGUCGCAACCCCAACAUUGGCACCGUUGGACCGCGCCCAGCCAUCCACCACCAUCUGCCCAUCACCCACCGGCAGUUCACCACGCGCACCAGCAGCCCCAGCACCAUCACCAGCCACAGCCCCAUCAUUAUCCCCAGCAUACUUUGCCAUCGCAGCCGCUUCCCCGGCGGUCCAUGACUGACCGGCCCGUGAUCAUGGACCCGCCUGCUCGGAGGACCAGCCAUAUGCCGGCGCAAACCUCAGGAGGCUUCCCAUCGCCGACGCUGGACCAUGCCAGCGCCAACCCCAAGUUUGUCGACGACUGCACGCGCAUGACUUAUGCGAUCCAGCAGAGUCUUCCCGAGGCCGUCCGACGCAUUGUGCGGGACCACUGGGAAAAGUGCCUGUUGGGCACAGAGUUUCAUCAGGCUUUCAUCCUCAAUGCUUCUAUUCAUCAUGCGGUCCCAUCCAUCACACAACGUGCCGUCCGCGACUUUGGAGCCAAGAUGGUGGCCGACUCCAUUGUCGACAUCAUGAACCACUUUACUACCGCGGAUAUCGACAAGGUCGCCGACAUGAUUAUCGACAAGGCCAGCGACAACUUCCUCGACAAAUGUCUGGAAAAGCGACUUUUGACCAUCGAGGCCGCUCCACUGACCAAUGCUCUCGCGAAAGCUGAACGGCUGGGGUAUGAACUGGGCGAUGUGAUCCCAGAACAACAACAGGGCCAAGCUCAUCCGGCUGCCGCUGCUCCUAAUGGCCACCAAGCUCACCCUACCCAACCGGCGGCUGGCUAUCCUCCUGCUCCGUCUGCUCCCCCGUCGUCGCAACAUCCAAUGCUUCAGUGUGCUAGGUGCUUCCGUACUUUUGCUCAGACUUCGGCUUUUGAAUAUCACACUGCAUACAGCAUUUGCACUAUAUUACCACCCACCUCGGCUGGAUUCAAGCACUCAUGCCCAUACUGCGGUCAGGGCUUCACAGAACUCGUAGAUCUGAAUGGCCACCUCAACGGUAGAGUUUGCGGUCAUUUGGAUACGGUCAAACUUCCUCGUGGGCCUGGUCGACCCCCAAGAGCUGCUCCCGUUCAGCAUGCUAGCCCCGUACCGAUUGCCUCAUCGGCGCCAAACGGGACCCCUAACGCUUCCUUGUCAACUCCAGCGCGAUCCCAGCUCGUGAAUCGCGCAUUGGCAGGAACGCCGACAGCCUCACCCAUCCCGGGCGAUCCAUAUGCUCACCUCACACCUGAACAAUUCCAAGCGAUGAACGAGGAGCUUCACGAGGCCGAGAUCAAAUACCGACCAAGAUUUGCCGAGGCGGAAGCCAUCCCUGAUGAAAACGAAAGACGCCAGAGAGUCGAGGGUCUCAGGAACAGCUUCGGCACCAAGCAAUCGAUGAUCCGGAAGAAGUACGGAGUCAGGCUGCGUGAACGACGCACCAAGGCGGAGAUUCAGGCUGAGAGGGAGCGUCUGGGCAUCAAGCAGGCUGAAAAGGAUCAAGCAAGGGCGUCCAUGGGGCCUGCUGGCAAGACAGAGGAUAGGCCAGUGGUCAUUAGCGAUGUCCCUGUGCCUGUUGUUCCGCCUAUGCCUGUUGGGCCACCGGCAGCUGGGUGGGUGGCUGCCAAUACGCCAAGGCCAAAUCCUGGUGCUGCCGAGGAGGAGGAGCACGAUGCGAAGAGGAGGAGGACGGACACGAAUGGGGGGUAUCAGACGCCCUAUAGGACUGGUGUGGAGGAUACACCCACUCGCAAGGUCUCGGCCAGCUUUGAUGGGGCAGGUGGUUCAGGUGUUCAGAACACCGGCAAUCCUUAUCCCGCGCUUGGAAAACCCCCCAAUCACGCCGACCUCGCAGCGCAAGCCGCUGCCGCGACGGCUGCGCUGAAUGGUCAGAAUGGGAACAGCUCCAAGCAACCCAUCGCUAUCGACGAUGGUGAUGACGACUCGGACUCGUCGGGUGAUGACGAGGAUAUCCCUUCUACGUUGCCCGCCCACGUGAGGAACAGCCUGGGGGCGUCGGCGGCUGGCAAGACGGGGAGUAGAGCUGGCUCCACGGCGUCGAUGACUCCUGGAUAACCUGAUCAUGGCCAACAAAGAAAACUAUCUGUACCAAACUAUUGUUUUACAUAUAUUCCCUUGCUCUUGCUUCUUUUGCACAUAUAUAUACCUACUCAACCACGACCUUGCAACCCUUUGAUAUAACACCCAUCAUCAUCAACAUCAUCAUCAUCAUCAGCUCUUCUUUUUCGCUACUCAUUCUGUAUCUGGUCUGGCUUUUAAGUAGAAAGUUUGGGAAGGAAGGA